AGAAGCGCGUUCAGAGCUUCAGUAAAGGAGGCUGGUGCUGCUGCUGCUGCUGCUGCUGCUGCUUUCACCUGGGUUUUCUUUAAGAGAUUCAGCCCAAGAAGAAAACAAGUGAACUAACAGACACCCUGUGGACUGCCAGCUCUGGUUCUCGGGUUGCAGCCAGCAGGCAGAAGAGGACGCAUCCUCAUUCACCUCAAGUGGAUUUCCAUCGUGAACACGCUCUCAUGGAGGGAGAGAAAAAGUGCGCGCGUUGAGCAAAAGUUUGUUGAACAUUGUUCGCGAAUUGUUCCUGUAGUUUUACAAGUUUAGCGCCAGUCACAGGGAUUGAAAAGACUACGCAUGUUUCAGGUGGAAUACUAGUGAAAGUUCAGCGCUUAUUCUUGAGUCGGCGCUUUGUCAUGAGAUUGAUGUAAAGGUUUGGCUCGUGACGGAACGGUGUACCUCAGUUUGACCACGAUGAAGGACGACUUCAAUGAUGAAGAGGAAGUGCAGUCGUUUGGCUACAAAAGGUUUGGUAUCCAGGAAGGAAAUGAAUGCACUAAAUGUAAAAACGACUGGGCCCUGAGGGUGGCGAUUGCGCUUCUGUAUGUGCUUUGUGCACUGCUCACCAUAGCUGUGGCUGUGCUGGGAUACAAAGUGGUCCAGAGGAUGGAUAAUGUAACAGAGGGUAUGCAGAAUUAUGGAGGGAAAAUCAUGGCUGUAGAGACUGAUCUCAAAAAACUUGAUGAUCAAACGGGAGAGAAGUCAGAAAAUGCUACCAGUGAACUCCACUCAUUCAAGUUGGAAAUUCAGACAUUGCAGAAGCAGCUCAGUGACGUUGUUGUGAAGGCUUCCAACAACAGAGCUGUUCUCGACGAGCUACGGCUAGCUGGUGAGGACAUGCAGAGUGGACAUCUCUCGCUGCGAGAUCUGCUGGAGAGCAAUGCCAAUGUGAUCAGCAAAGUAAACCGCACUUUAAACACAUACAACAGCCUGAUUGAUGGACUAAAGACAGAAACGGCGAGACUUCAGUCAGAUCUCCAUGUACAGACGAGUGAACAGGGCCAAAACAGCCACAGCAUCAGCACUCUAAACUUUACCCAGACCCAGCAGAGGAACCUCAUCAGCUCCCUCCAGAGAUCGGUGGAGGACACUGGCCAGGCUGUGCAGAAGCUUAAGAAUGACUAUCAGAGCCUCCAGCAGGUGGCUAGGCAAACCAAAGCAGAUGCUGAUUGGUUGAGAGAGAAAGUGCAGAACCUUCAGGCUUUAGCGGCUAAUAAUUCUGUGCUGGCUCGCUCUAACAAUGACUCUCUAGAGGACGUGGCCUCUCAGUUAAGCACACUGUCAGAGCAGGUCCAGAACACCUCGACCAUCACUGACAGCCAUGAUCAGAGCUUGCGUGAGCUCAUGGACCAGCAGCGAGAUCAUGAUAAUGCCACCUCCGUUAAGUUUGAUGCAUUAGAGGCACGUCUUGACAGCAACGAGGGGGAAAUGGACCGCAUAACAGGAAAUGUUAGCUUCACCACGCAGCUGCUCAGAGCGAUCAGUGCGGACUUGAAUGGUCUGCGCACCUGCUCUGAGACAGUGACCCGACACUCAGAAGUGCUGCAUGGGCUCAACAACAGUGUGGCUGAAACCAGGGCAGAAAGCACAGAGCUCAAAGCCCAGCAGGAGGAACUCGCUGUCAGGCUGGACAAAGAGGUCAGCAGCCUUUCCAUAGUCAUGGAUGAAAUGAAACUGGUUGACAACAAACACUCGCAGCUCAUCACAAACUUCACCAUCCUUCAGGGUCCUCCUGGUCCAAGGGGUCCUCGGGGAGAUAAAGGGUCCAUGGGGCUACCUGGUAAAACUGGCCCGAAAGGUGAAAAGGGUGAAAAAGGAGCACCUGGUGAUGCUGGACCUAAAGGAGAAAAAGGUCCAGCUGGACCUCCUGGUGUGCCAGGGUUGAAAGGGCCACCUGGAUCAAGAGGAAGCCCUGGGCCAAAGGGUUCACGAGGAUCUGGGGGAAGGCAAGGGCCUUCAGGAGAGAAAGGUGACCCUGGGAUACCUGGUAUGCCUGGAAGAGAUGGUCAGCCUGGUCCUACUGGGCCACAAGGGCCACAGGGACUCAGAGGUCCAGCUGGACCUGCAGGACUAGAAGGAGCCCGUGGACCUGUAGGCCCGAUUGGCCCACCAGGACCUCCUGGAUUACCAGGACUUCCUGCACCACCAGUAGUUGUGCCACCAGGAGAUCCACAAGGCUUUGUCAACCGCCAGGUAGCGCCGCCCCCUACAACUACACCAGGGUGUCCCCCUCAGUGGAAGGGCUUCAGAGAGCAAUGCUAUCACUUCUCAGCUCCAAUGGAGAGUCUGAACUUUGAUGAAACCAAGGAAAGAUGCAGCAACUUGAGUUCAUCUAUGCUGAUUAUCAAUGAUGAAGAAGAGCAGCUAUGGAUAAAGAGGCAGAUUUCUGGAAAAGGCUACUUUUGGCUCGGCCUUACAGACAGCGCAGAGGAAAACAUCUGGAGAUGGGUGGAUGGGAGUCUGCCAAACUAUACAAAAUGGAAACCUGGUCAACCUGAUAACUGGAGCCAUGGCCAUGAAGCUGGUGAGGACUGCGCCGGUGCUGACAGGGAGAAGCACAAGAAGAGGAUCGACUUUAGGUUUGGUAGCGUGUAUUCGUCGGCCAUGCCUCUCUUCACGUCAAAUCCCUUCGAUCAAGAUGUUGAAAAAGCAACCAGUGAGAUGAACACAGCUGAGGACUGGGGCCUCAUUCUGGACAUUUGUGACAAGAUUGGACAGUCUCGCACUGGGCCCAAAGAAUGCCUGCGGUCUAUAAUGAGGAGAGUGAAUCACAAGGAUCCGCAUGUUGCCAUGCAAGCGUUGACGCUACUUGGUGCAUGUGUGUCAAACUGUGGAAAGAUAUUCCAUUUAGAGGUCUGCUCCAGGGAAUUUGCUAGUGAAGUUAGCAAUGUGUUAAAUAAGGGUCACCCAAAAGUAUGUGAGAAGCUGAAGGCUCUGAUGGUGGAAUGGGCCGAGGAUUUCCGCAAUGACCCUCAGCUCAGCCUGAUCUCUGCCAUGAUCAAGAACCUCCGAGAACAGGGCGUCAUCUUCCCUGCUGUAGGCUCUCAGGCAGCAGAGCAAGCUAAAGCCAGUCCCGCAUUGGUAGCUAAAGACCCUGCAACAUCAACAAACAAGAAGGAAGAAGAAGACAUCGCUAAAGCUAUUGAACUGUCUCUGAAGGACCAGCGGCAUCAGCAGCCUCAGGUGUCUCUGUCUGGCCUCUAUCCGAGCACCAGCAGCCUCCUGACCUCCCACAAGACAGACGGCAGAAAGGUCAGGGCCAUCUAUGACUUUGAAGCAGCCGAAGACAACGAGCUCACUUUUAAAUCAGGCGAGAUCAUCACCAUCCUGGAUGACAGUGACCCUAACUGGUGGAAAGGUGAGACGUAUCAGGGUGUUGGCCUUUUUCCGUCAAACUUUGUGACAGCGGACCUGACAGCAGAGCCUGAGAUGAUGAAAACAGAGAAGAAGACGGUGCAGUUUAGUGAAGAAGUCCAGGUAGAGACGAUUGAACCGGAACCAGAGCCUGUCUACAUUGAUGAGGAGAAAAUGGACCAGCUGCUUCAAAUGAUCCAGAGUGCUGACCCAACAGAUGACCAGUCAGACACCUGUGAGCUCCUACAGUUGGAGGCUGCUUGCAACCAGAUGGGUCCUCUCAUUGAUCAGAAGCUGGAGGACAUUGACAGGAAACACUCAGAGCUGUCUGAACUGAACGUGAAGGUCAUGGAAGCAUUGUCUCUCUAUGCUAAGCUAAUGAAUGAAGACCCAGUAUACACUAUGUAUGCCAAACUACAGAGCCAGCAAUACUACAUGCAGCAGGCCCCAAACUCUUCCCAACAGAUGUACCCUGGACAGUCCACUGGAGGGCAGUAUGCAAUGGGAAGCACAGCAGUACCAGGAUACAAUGUUCCAAUGGAGCAGCUCACUGCAAUGAACCAAGCAGGAACACCAAUGUCAGGGCAGCCAACUCCUAGUGACGUCCAUAUGUACAUGGGCCAACCUCCAGUCUACAGCCCCACUCCUGGCAGCCUUCCUCCAGCUGAAGUCCAGUCUUACCAGACCCCAGCCCCAGCGGUCAUGAACCAGACCCCCGCAUACACCGUACCUUCAACCCAGAGCCUUCCCGGUGCUGCAGACAACCAACAGAUCCCUUACCCAGAGAAGGCCCUCUUAUAGGGGCCCCUAGAGACUCGCACACAAACACACACACUCGUACAAAGAACAUUCAGCUCACACAGCGACAUCUUCUUCUAGAUCCUCUCCUCCUCUUUUUAUUUAAGACACUACAAACAUGACAGGAUGUGCCGAUUGCUGACUACUAACCGCUGGUGUUCUCACUGAACACUUCUGAUCGCUCUUAUAUGUUUUUGGUCUCUUUUACAACAAUAUUUUGUUGAAGGUGAUGAGAAGUUACACCAUUUAUUUGGCGCCGUCAUUAUAGUAACUAAUUAACUGGAUGUUUCUUACAGGAAAACACAACGAGAGCAUGCUUGUGUUGUACAUGCAUUUUUGUAACAGUGUAGGUCCCGGUAGCUCAGUGUUUGUCAAAACAGGUCCUGAAGGGGAGGGUUCAUCAUUUUAAAUUGUGUCUAAGUGUGUGUGUGAGGGAGAGAGAAAGCGAGUUCAGGUCCAUAGACGUUAUCACGCCUCUCCUGCAGAACCAUGUAGCAAAACACUGCCAUUGUCUUGACAGUGACCCAUUACUCCGGUGUCUUUCAAGAGUUAGUUUACCCCAUAAUGGAAAUGCUCAUUAUUUAUUCCAAACCCUUAGUAAAUCUGUUCAUCAUUGGAACACAAGUGGAGAUAUUUCUAUUGAAAUAUGUGAGAUUUCUGCCCCUCCAUUGACAGUUUGUUUUAUAUAAAACAGCUAAUGCUUCAAACAUUCAUUAACAGAUAAAAAUCAAGCUGUUUAUCUUUAUCUGUUUUAAUUUAAAGUUUUCUGAAAGAUAAAAUCACUUUAUAAGAUGAAUAUAUAGUGUGUCAAGCAGAUAUAGUUAAGCUUCUGGUUCUAUUUGCUGAUCAGAGUUUAUAAAUAAAAGCUCAAAUGUAAUCAUAUCUACAUGUAAACAUGUCUCUUCAGAAGACUUUAAUUAGACCGCUAAUGAUGGAUUCAUUUUUUGAUCACUUUAUAUGAAUGUUUAAAGUUGUCAGAAGUUUACCUGAAUACACUUUCAAUGGAGGGACAGAAAUCUCUCAGAUUUGAUUAAAAUAUUUCGAUUAGUGUUCCAAACAUGAAUAAAUUAAUAUCUUAUGGCUUUAUAGAGAUAUGAGGGCGAGUAAAUGAUGGGAAAACUGUCAUUUUGGGGUGAAGCUCACUACUUUAAGCUCAACUCUCAGUGUUAAAAUGUUUUUCAGUGCGUUUUAUUUAUAUUUUGAUUGUCGGUUUGCUGUUUAAUUGACAGUACAUUAAAAGAAGGAUGUAAUAUUCUGCCUGUGUGCAGAUCUGUAUAUACAAGAGCUCACUACUUUCUUUAGAGCGUAACGUUCAAAGCGGCUGCUUUUUCUGUAGAAAGGGCACAUGGGAAGUUGAGGAGUAAAACUACUCCAUUACAUGCACUUUUAAUUUACUCCUUUUUUUCCCCCUUCUCCCUAAUUUCAGAUGUGUACAUUUGAAACCUAUGUUUCCUCAGCUCUCGAAGAACCUGAAUGGCAUUGACCCUGCACUCUAACCCUUCCGUUUUUUCCAAACAGUUAUAAAAAACUCAUGCAACUUGUCAUGCCCUGGGAAUAAAUGAAUUAAUGAUCGUGUGUAAAUGAUCCACCGAGUUUGCAAUGCUCAAACUAACCUUUUUUUAGUCCUGUCAAGGGCUGAGACUGACACUAAAGAGAGCAAACUUUGUUCUUCUGAUUCUCUGACUCUAAAGUAAGGCGGUUCCCCCACAUCUGUCUCGAUGUAGCUACAGUGUUAUCAGAGUAGUCAUUGACGUUUCAUAGAGAACAUUCUGGGAAAUUGGGACCAUGGGCCAGUUCUAAUGUGACACCUUAGCAUAUGCACAUGGAGAUGAUAAUCUUUACGUCAACCUUAUCCACAGGGAAAAUGGACUGUUUUUGGUGUAUCAGUUAUAUGUACCCAGUUGUUUGUAUGUACUAUUUUAAUCAUCUUAAUUAUUAGUAUUCACAAUAAAACUAGGCCAAAUGUA